AGGUUCGAGGCGAAAACGUACGCGUGCAUAUAUAGAUACAGGUGUGUCUUAUCCCAGCAGAAGGACAGUGAACAGUGCAGUGACGAUCGCUUAGGAAAGUCGUCAGGCAAGAACUGAGCUUUGCAAGCUUCUAUAGGAUUAAGACAACGUUUUAAGGAUGGCAGCUCCGGCUAUCGGGAUCGACCUGGGGACGACGUACUCGUGUGUGGGAGUGUUCCAGCACGGCAAGGUGGAGAUCAUCGCUAACGACCAGGGCAACAGGACCACGCCCUCCUACGUCGCCUUCACAGACACAGAGAGACUCAUCGGUGACGCCGCCAAGAACCAGGUGGCCAUGAACCCCAACAACACUGUAUUCGACGCCAAACGCCUCAUCGGACGGAAGUUCGAAGACCCAGCAGUACAGAGCGACAUGAAGAACUGGCCCUUCACCGUGGUUAACGAAGGUGGAAAACCCAAGGUUAAGGUGGAGUACAAGGGCGAGAUUAAGACCUUUAACCCAGAGGAGAUCUCCUCUAUGGUGCUCACAAAGAUGAAGGAGACCGCUGAGGCUUUCCUUGGUCGAAGUGUAAAAGACGCCGUUGUCACCGUCCCCGCCUACUUCAACGACUCCCAGCGUCAAGCCACUAAGGACGCGGGUGCUAUUGCCGGCAUCAAUGUUCUCAGGAUUAUCAACGAGCCAACUGCUGCCGCAAUUGCUUAUGGGCUUGACAAAAAAGUAGGCGGUAGAGGGGAACGUAAUGUUUUGAUCUUCGACCUUGGUGGCGGAACCUUCGAUGUGUCGAUCCUUAGCAUCGAUGAAGGCGUCUUUGAGGUAAAGUCUACUGCCGGAGAUACUCACUUGGGCGGCGAAGAUUUUGACAACAGAAUGGUGAACCACUUCAAACAAGAGUUCCAGAGAAAAUACAAGAAAGAUUUAGGUGGCAAUAAACGAGCUGUUCGUCGACUGAGAACUGCCUGCGAGAGAGCCAAACGAACUCUCUCAUCCUCCACUCAGGCCAGCGUGGAGAUCGACUCUCUGUUCGAGGGUAUUGACUAUUACACGUCCAUCACCCGCGCCAGGUUUGAGGAGCUGUGUUCAGACCUCUUCCGAGGGACACUAGAGCCAGUGGAGAAGGCUUUGAGAGACGCAAAGAUAGACAAAGCUGGCAUACAUGAACUGGUGUUGGUGGGAGGGUCUACCCGCAUCCCAAAGAUACAAAAAUUGCUGCAAGACUUAUUCAACGGAAAGGAACUCAACAAAUCAAUCAACCCAGACGAGGCGGUGGCCUACGGUGCUGCCGUACAAGCGGCCAUCCUACACGGAGACCAGUCUGAGGGCGUGAAGGAUGUUCUCCUGCUGGACGUGGCGCCUCUGUCGCUGGGUAUAGAGACAGCAGGUGGAGUGAUGACAGCUCUCAUCAAACGAAACACAACCAUCCCAACCAAGCAACAGCAAGUAUUCACCACGUAUUCUGACAACCAGCCAGGUGUGUUGAUCCAGGUGUAUGAAGGAGAGCGAGCCAUGACAAAAGACAACAAUCUUUUGGGCAAGUUUGAAUUGAGUGGCAUCCCUCCCGCACCUCGCGGAGUGCCUCAGAUCGAAGUAACCUUCGACAUCGAUGCUAAUGGCAUCCUUAACGUAUCUGCGACCGACAAGUCGACCGGCAAGGAGAACAAGAUCACCAUCACCAAUGACAAGGGUCGCCUUAGUAAAGAAGAGAUAGAGAGAAUGGUAAACGAAGCAGAGAAAUACCACGAAGACGACGCCAAACAACGAGAAAGAGUGGAAGCCAAGAACCGCUUAGAGGCUCUGUGCUUCAGCAUCAAGUCGGCAGUCUCUGAACCUUCAGUUGGCGACAAACUCUCAGCCGAGGAGAAGAGAUCCGUCGAGGAGAAAGCUCAAGAAACUCUCAACUGGCUGGACGCCAACCAGCUGGCAGAGAAGGAGGAAUACGAGCACCAGAUGAAGGAGUUAGAGAGAGUGUGGCGUCCUCUGGCCAGCAAGGUGCAUGGGCAGGGCGCCGGCGGAGGCCAGGGAGGAGCUUCCGCUAGCUCGGGACCCACAGUCGAGGAGGUCGAGAUGGCAGCUCCGGCUAUCGGGAUCGACCUGGGGACGACGUACUCGUGUGUGGGAGUGUUCCAGCACGGCAAGGUGGAGAUCAUCGCUAACGACCAGGGCAACAGGACCACGCCCUCCUACGUCGCCUUCACAGACACAGAGAGACUCAUCGGUGACGCCGCCAAGAACCAGGUGGCCAUGAACCCCAACAACACUGUAUUCGACGCCAAACGCCUCAUCGGACGCAAGUUCGAAGACCCAGCAGUACAGAGCGACAUGAAGAACUGGCCCUUCACCGUGGUUAACGAAGGUGGAAAACCCAAGGUUAAGGUGGAGUACAAGGGCGAGAUUAAGACCUUUAACCCAGAGGAGAUCUCCUCUAUGGUGCUCACAAAGAUGAAGGAGACCGCUGAGGCUUUCCUUGGUCGAAGUGUUAAAGACGCCGUUGUCACCGUCCCCGCCUACUUCAACGACUCCCAGCGUCAAGCCACUAAGGACGCGGGUGCUAUUGCCGGCAUCAAUGUUCUCAGGAUUAUCAACGAGCCAACUGCUGCCGCAAUUGCUUAUGGGCUUGACAAAAAAGUAGGCGGUAGAGGAGAACGUAAUGUUUUGAUCUUCGACCUCGGCGGCGGAACCUUCGAUGUGUCGAUCCUUAGCAUCGAUGAAGGCGUCUUCGAGGUAAAGUCUACUGCCGGAGAUACUCACUUGGGCGGCGAAGAUUUUGACAACAGAAUGGUGAACCACUUCAAACAAGAGUUCCAGAGAAAAUACAAGAAAGAUUUAGGUGGCAAUAAACGAGCUGUUCGUCGACUGAGAACUGCCUGCGAGAGAGCCAAACGAACUCUUUCAUCCUCCACUCAGGCCAGCGUGGAGAUCGACUCUCUGUUCGAGGGUAUUGACUAUUACACGUCCAUCACCCGCGCCAGGUUUGAAGAGCUGUGUUCAGACCUCUUCCGAGGGACACUAGAGCCAGUGGAGAAGGCUUUGAGAGACGCAAAGAUAGACAAAGCUGGCAUCCAUGAACUGGUGUUGGUGGGAGGGUCUACCCGCAUCCCAAAGAUACAAAAAUUGCUGCAAGACUUAUUCAACGGAAAGGAACUCAACAAAUCAAUCAACCCAGACGAGGCGGUGGCCUACGGUGCUGCCGUACAAGCGGCCAUCCUACACGGAGACCAGUCUGAGGGCGUGAAGGAUGUUCUCCUGCUGGACGUGGCGCCUCUGUCGCUGGGUAUAGAGACAGCAGGUGGAGUGAUGACAGCUCUCAUCAAACGCAACACAACCAUCCCAACCAAGCAACAGCAAGUAUUCACCACGUAUUCUGACAACCAGCCAGGUGUGUUGAUCCAGGUGUAUGAAGGAGAGCGAGCCAUGACAAAAGACAACAAUCUUUUGGGCAAGUUUGAAUUGAGUGGCAUCCCUCCCGCACCUCGCGGAGUGCCUCAGAUCGAAGUAACCUUCGACAUCGAUGCUAAUGGCAUUCUUAACGUAUCUGCGGCCGACAAGUCGACCGGCAAGGAGAACAAGAUCACUAUCACCAAUGACAAGGGUCGCCUUAGUAAAGAAGAGAUAGAGAGAAUGGUAAACGAAGCAGAGAAAUACCACGAAGACGACGCCAAACAACGAGAAAGAGUGGAAGCCAAGAACCGCUUAGAGGCUCUGUGCUUCAGCAUCAAGUCGGCAGUCUCUGAACCUUCAGUUGGCGACAAACUCUCAGCCGAGGAGAAGAGAUCCGUCGAGGAGAAAGCUCAAGAAACUCUCAACUGGCUGGACGCCAACCAGCUGGCAGAGAAGGAGGAAUACGAGCACCAGAUGAAGGAGUUAGAGAGAGUGUGGCGUCCUCUGGCCAGCAAGGUGCAUGGGCAGGGCACCGGCGGAGGCCAGGGAGGAGCUUCCGCUAGCUCGGGACCCACAGUCGAGGAAGUCGACUAGACAUAAACAGACAGUUGAGAAAAUGGACGCAAACAUAUUGAUUGCCAGUAUUCAUGCAAUCACUGAAUACAAUAAUGAUUGAGCGAUGUGAAUGUACACUGAAUGUUUAAAUUUCGAAUGAAUGUAGUAAACUUCAAAUAUGUUAAU